CUGAUAAUCAACAAGUGAUGGUACGAACACAAAGACUACAUGAUGAUCUAUAUGCAUGUUUGAUACUCAGUAGUAGGCGACUCGCCGGUGGUUGUGAUUCCGUCGCCUUCAGAGGAUUCGAAGAGAUUGAGUAGCUGAUUGCGGUGUCGAACCGUCAGGAUUAAAGUGUACCGUGGAAUUCGAUCAAAGUAGCGAUGGAUACGAAACGUUUGGCCAAUAUUGUUGCAAUUCUGCUCGCAUUCUUGGCAAUCAGUUUGAUUCGUUCCCAGGAUGACGGUAGCCCAGCGUUUGGUCUAUAUCGUCAGAAAUCGUACUACUUCGGGGACACUUUUCGGCUCAAUUGGUACAAAGCGUCGGAAUAUUGUCGCUCCAGAGGUAUGUUCCUCGUGUCCAUCGAAAACGAAGAGCAGCUUCAGGGUGUCGUGGAGUACAUCGAGAAGAGUGGGUUCACCAAGACGCACGGCAUUCUGCACAUGUGGACUUCGGCGAACGACCUUGGUGAGGAAGGUCAGUUUUUCUGGGCUUCGACGGGAAAGCGGAUGACGUACGAUCGUUGGACGAAGAAUGAACCGAAUAAUGCAAAGCAUGAUAAUUGCACGUUCGAGAAUUGUGCCGUGCUAGAGUACUACCUACCAUACUCCAUCAACUACACGUUCGACGAUAGGAACUGCCUUGAUGGUAACUUUUUCAUGUGCGAAACCUUAGAUGCAUAGAAGCCGCGCGAUUGGUCGUCUCGGUUCGAUUUAUUGAAAGGUAUACACAAACACACACCACUCUGGCAGUCCCCUGGUAAGCACCGGGGUCGGGUGGCCUCAGACCGCGCGACAUUAGUAUAACUAUAACUCUUUGUGGUGGCCAGGCGUCUGUGUUAUGCUCUUUAAAUAAUAUCUACAUUUUUGUUCGAUCGCCAAGACACUUAUUGACUUAAGUAUAAAAAACAAACAAACAUUUUGUAAAAUAUAACAAGAAAUUCGAAUGUA